AUGGCGAGUGUUGAGUCUCAUCCUGUUAUCACUUUGAAUCCUUCACGCCCUACCUUCCUCGACUUGCCACUUGAGAUUCGCAGGCGAAUCUACACGCUCAGCGGCCUGCCUCUUGCUACGACGACAAGAUCCUCUGCGCCUGCCUUCAAAACAGCCAUCUUCCCGGGCUUGAUUGUGAUUGCUUCCUGUCCGAUCACGGUUACGAGUUCCCCCCCUGUGCAAAUCUUUCGCACGUCCCAAAAGGUCGCCCAAGAAGCAAUCGAGCUGUUCUACUCCAGCAAUCGAUUUCAGAUCUCCUGUGUGUUUCCAUGGGCGUUGAAAUCACUCCGGCAAAUCGGGACCGACAAUCUGAAAUACAUCACGUCCUUGAGGCUCAGCUUCCAUACAUUGUGCCUCGUUGGUGACGAUCCUUGGAGACACGUCGGAGGUUGCUGCAUGCACGUUGAAGCACCUGCGACCAGGACUCGCCCUCACUAUGAUGACAUCAUUCUCUCCAGAUGCCGCGAGAUCUUCUCGUUCUUGAACACGGUAGUACGCGAGGACACCUUGAAGUUCUCGUUAAAGUGCAAUUUUGAUACCAUCCGCAUGGUGGCACCAACGACCGAUUUGAUCAGAAAGCUACCAGUCAUGAAAGAGGCAGCUGUUCGCAUAACCGGCCUGUGCCCCUGGCUUGAAAUGGGCCUCGAUCCGUACAACCUCGCACAAGAUCUGGCAAAUCACCUCACCGACAGACGCCGCUUGACUCAACAGCCCUCGGCCCCUCCUCCAGAAGGGUUUCGAUAUCUCGAUCUCCCACAAGAGUUCCAGCUGGUGGUCAUGGAGCGAACUGCCCUUAUCGCUCCGUCCAAGUUGAGUUGGGAUUUAUUCACCCGGUUCAUUGCUAACACUCGCCAAGCUCAUCUCUAUCGCUGCGCAACUUGUGAGGCCCUACGGCUUGCAGAACACCUGCAGCCUUGGUAUCACACCACUCGUAUGGCAAGUCGUUGCAAGUGCUGGCGCUUUCCCAUGUCGCUGUUUUUGGUUAAUCAUGCAGUACAUGAACAAGCCACCGAGCUGUUCUACAGGAAAAACCAUUUUGUGAUCUUGAAUAGUGAGAUUUGCCCCGAGUACAAGUUGGAUAGGUCCCUACUACUUCGCAAAUUACCAUCAGCUGCGAUCAGUCACUUGCGUACACUAACUAUCCAGCUCCCAGCAAGAGUUUUCCUACUGGGUAGCAGCAGGCUUCAAGCGUGGCCACGUGGCAAAAUCAACAAAGAAAACCCUCUCAAGAUAGAGUCGGGUCUCAGUCGAUCAUUUACUGCAGUGUUACACCUUCUGGAACAACGAGCUGUGCUCCAUCGACUCCAGUUGACGCUCAUCUGCCAUGUUCCCCAUGAUAGCAGCUUUUGGCUGGAUCCAGGACAAAAGGACCCGUCGGAAACUUUCACUAGGCAAAACCUGCUUGCAAAUUUCGUCAUAGACCUGCGCCAAAUGCGAGAAAACGGCCUGAAAGACCUGUUCAUCGUGCUCAUGAAAGCAGACAGAUACGGCGCGUUGGAGCUGAGCAGUGAUCUGAGCAGCGAAGCCUGGCUGGAAAAGUCCAUCAUGGGGCCAGAGUACGAUAGCAUGACGCGGGGCAAACAAGUGCUCCGCGCCGAUCACACUACAUCACAGUUUGAUGAUGACAAUCCUUGGUCCGGGACAUAG